AUGAGUUCAUCAAAUAGUGCAGUAAAAGAGAUCUGUAUCGAUAUCUUACAAAAUAACGCAAAGUUUGCUCGUGAGGUUUCAGAUUACUUCUCACGUCAUAGAUUCCAAUGUGAAAACUUAUGUGAAAAGUUAAAGACGUAUGUAUUGAUUUGUGCCGAUCAAGUUACUUUAAAUGACAUUAGUUCGAUUUUAUCAAGCAUUACAACACCAAUUUCAAUUCCAGCUUAUGGAUCAGCAUUGAAUGGUAGCACUACAGAUUCAAAGGUUGCAGCAUCAACAACAGUAGCAGCACCAACAGACAUCCCAGAGACACCAAAGAAGAGAGCUGCCGCCACCAAGAGACCAUCAACAAAGAGAAAGUCAACUGAGCCAGCAAAAGAUGAGGAAGAAGCUAAAGCUGCUGCCGAAGAAGAGAAGCCAAAGAGAAAGAGAGCUACCAAGAAGGAAGAAGAAGAGAAAGAAAAGGAGAAAGAAAAAGAAAAGGAAAAAGAGAAAGAAGAAAAGAGAACACCAAGAAAGAAAACAGAGAAAAAAGACGAUAAGAAAGAUGAAGAAAAAGAGAAGGAAAAGAAAGAAAAGGAAAAAGAGAAGGAAAAGAAAACACCAAAAAAGAAAGCAGUUGCCAAGAGUAGUGAUGUUAAAUCAGAUACCGAAUAA